CCCCCUCCUUAGAUUAGAUCAGCCACCAGUUGCAGUUCAGCCUCCCUCCAGCGGUAGCGCUGUCUCUCCCGGUCCCCCUCCUUAGAUUAGAUCAGCCACCAGUUGCAGUUCAGCCUCCCUCCAGCGGUAGCGCUGUCUCUCCCGCUCCCCUCUGCCUCCUCUCAUGCUCCGCCGCUUGGCCGUCCGGAGCCGGUCUACCGUAGCUGCCGCGGCCGGGUUGCUGUCGCUGUCCCCCGGGGCGUGGUGCUGCACUCGGUCGGUGUGCGUGUCAGCGCCGGGUCUCCAGAAGCAGAAGCCGCUGUGGCAGCGCGUGUCCCGCGUGAUGGAGGGAGACGCGGGCCGUGGGGAGCAGGUUCUGGCGCCGCUCAGGCUGGCGGUGCGGGAGCAGGGUGAACUUGUUCGGAAACUUAAAGCAGAGAAUUUUCCACAGGUGGAUGUCGAUAAAGCUGUGGCCGAGCUUAAAGCUCGGAAAAGGAUCCUGGAGGCUAAGGAGCUGGCUCUGCAGCCAAAGGAUGACAUAGUUGACCGAACAAAAAUGGAGGAUACCCUAAAGAGGAGGUUUUUCUAUGAUCAAGCUUUUGCGAUAUAUGGAGGUGUGAGUGGCCUGUAUGACUUUGGCCCUGUCGGCUGUGCUCUGAAGAACAACAUCCUGCAGAUCUGGCGGCAGCAUUUCAUCCAGGAGGAGCAGAUUCUGGAGAUUGACUGCACGAUGCUGACUCCUGAACCUGUCCUGAAAACAUCUGGACAUGUGGAUAAGUUUGCUGACUACAUGGUGAAGGACGUGAAGAAUGGGGAAUGUUUCCGUGCUGAUCAUCUGUUGAAAGCUCACCUGCAGAAACUGAUGUCCGAUAAGAAGUGCUCAGCAGAGAAGAAAGCCGAGAUGGAAAAUGUCAUCACUCAGCUGGAUAAUUACAGCCAACAGGAAUUAACGGAUCUCUUUGUGAAAUAUAACGUCAAGUCUCCAGUCACGGGGAACGAUUUGUCUCCACCUAUCUCCUUCAAUCUGAUGUUCCAGACAUCCAUUGGACCAGGAGGGAACAUGCCAGGGUACCUCAGACCAGAAACAGCCCAGGGAAUCUUCCUGAACUUUAAACGGCUGCUGGAGUUUAACCAGGGAAAGCUUCCCUUUGCUGCUGCACAGAUAGGAAAUUCAUUUCGGAAUGAGAUUUCUCCACGAUCAGGGCUCAUCCGUGUCAGAGAAUUCACGAUGGCAGAAAUUGAGCAUUUUGUGGAUCCCAAUGAGAAGACCCACCCUAAGUUUGAAGCUGUGGCAGAUUUACAGAUCCUGCUGUACUCCAGCCAAGCUCAGACUAGCGGGCAGUCAGCACGGACUAUGCGACUCGGCGAUGCUGUUGAACAGCGCAUCAUCAAUAACUCGGUGCUGGGUUACUUCAUUGGACGGAUUUACCUCUUCCUGCUGAAGGUGGGUGUAUCGGCUGGAAAGCUGCGUUUCCGGCAGCACAUGGACAAUGAGAUGGCGCACUACGCCUGUGACUGCUGGGAUGCUGAGGCCAAAACCUCUUACGGCUGGAUCGAGAUAGUUGGCUGUGCUGAUCGAUCCUGCUAUGAUCUCGCCUGUCAUGCCAGAGCCACCAAAGUGCCUCUAGUGGCUGAAAAGGCUUUGAAGGAGCCUAUAUCCUUUGCAUAGCAAGAAGCAUUGCAC